UAUUAAAAGAAGCGGUAGAGCAGUUUGGCCUAUUACAGAACUAUGGUUCAACUAACAAUGGACCUCAUUGCUAAAAGCGUCAGUCACAAGAAUCGCAAUGAAGAGGACUUUGGACGGUAUCUACGAAAAGUAACUCACCUGAAUUUAUCAGAUAAAAAUAUAGAUGCAAUUGGUGACCUCUCUUUGUGUAAAAAUCUUAGAGUUCUAUAUUUAUAUGAUAACCAAAUCAGUCGAAUCCAAAACUUGGACUUUGCUUCAAAUAUAACACACCUUUACCUUCAGAACAAUUGUAUUACACGUAUAGAAAACCUCUCAUCGCUGAAAAACCUUGAAAAACUGUAUUUGGGGGGAAACUGCAUCACUGUAGUAGAGGGUUUGGAUAAAUUAGAAGAAAUAAGGGAGCUACAUAUUGAAAGUCAACAUCUCCCGCUUGGUGAAAAGCUUCUGUUUGAUCCAAGGUCUCUUAGGUCCCUGGCAAAAUCUUUGUCUGUGUUGAAUAUCAGCAAUAACAACAUUGAUGAAUUAGAAGAACUGGCAAUUUUGGAAAAUCUUUCUUAUCUUAGAGCAGUUGACAAUCAACUUCAAGAUAUGAAGGAUUUGGAGGUUGUAUUACACAAAUGGCCAAAGCUACGCAGAAUGGAUCUUACAGGAAACCCCAUCUGCCAGAAGCCAAAGUACAGGGACAGCAUUGUAGUAGAGUCACGAACUUUAGAAUCGCUUGAUGGGAAAGAAAUUAAAGAAAUGGAAAGACAGUUCCUAAUGAAUUGGAAAGCCUCCAAAGCUGCCAGGAAAAAAAACAAAGAAAGAAUGACAAAUGAACAUGCAGCCUAUCUACAUUUUUCUGACUUUGAAACACCUUAUCCUAUUCUUCCCUUUCACUACAGUCACUCUGUGAAAGAAAAACCAAAUUUUUUAGUUUUGUCUGAGAUGCACAACGUUAAAAGAAAACCUCUGCCAAGAAUCCUGGGAAAAAAAUAA